AUGCCCACCCCUGAUACACACAACAACAUGUCAAACGGAGUAACCAAGAAAACAUUUGGGAGCGACAACUUCCGAUCUGCACUGGAAAACAGAGUUCUGUUGUGUGAUCUGAUCAACAGGAUCAAACCAGGCAUCAUCAAGAGGGUGAACAGACUCUCCAAGCCGGUUGCUGGACUGGACGAUGUUAUCGUCUUCCUCAAGGCCUGCGGGAAGCUCAGACUAAAAGAGGCACAGCUCUUUCACCCAGGAGACCUCCAAGACACAUCCACUAGAGUCGCUGUCAAGUAA